CCUGGGCUGGGGAGACGGCCAGAGCCUCUUGGGCAUCUCUCCCUUUUUUGGCAUUUCCAGGACGGUUCCGUCAGGACAGCCGGGGUCUCGUGGCCACUGUCUCUGAGCAGGUGGGAAGUGGGGACCCUCGAGCAUUCCCAGCUCCUUGGCUGCUUCAGGGUGAGCAGUGAGGCCCGACAUCAAGAGUGGGGAGUCAAUUCUCACCACUCAGUGGGCCAAGGGCCAGAGAACCCCUAAAGCCACUUCAGGAUGACAGGCUAGUGUAGAGUCUCAUGGGGCCUCUGGAUGGCCCAGAGCGAGUGCAGGCUCCGGUGGGUGUGUCCCCUCAGGCUAGCGGGCUGCUCCUCGCGGAGGACCCUGAGCGUGGCCCGCAGAAGCACAGCCGGGUUCUGGAGCCAAGGGCCGGGUCCAGCGGGAGCUUGUCCUAUGGGCCUGUCCCGGGUCUGGUGGCCUAUGCGGCCCAGUUCACUUCGCGGGGUGGUGUCCUCGGGGUUCCUCGUGGCGGGCAUCAGGGUUCCCUUCCUGAGUCAGUGUCCCCACCCGCUGUCCGGCGUGUUUUGUCACGUGCUCACCUGUCGGUGGCACCCUGGCUGCCCCGCAUCUGGCACUGUGCGCUGAGCCGCAGGCCUCAACCCUAUCCUGGGUCCUGGGUGGACUGUGGAUGUGGAGCUGCUGGUCCCUGUGACUGUCUUAGAGGUGUCGAGCAGUGAUGCUGUCUCCAUGGUGGCCAUGCCCAUGUCCACUCCUGCCACGGUGCCUGGGCCUCCGGCCCCUCCAUGGCAUCUCCAGCUCUCGUUCACGUGUGGUGAUUUUUUUAUAGGAGCCGUCCUACCCGGUGAGAGGCGAUGUCGCACUGCAGUUUUGAUUGGCAUUUUGCUAAUGGCCAGUGAUGUCCAGUUUUCAUGUGUCUGCUGGCCAUUUGAAGGUGACCAUGGCCUUGCUGGGGAAGCGCUGUGACCUCCCCGCCAACGGCUGCGGGCCUGACCGCUGGAGCUCUGCCUUCGCCCGCAAAGACGAGAUCAUCACCAGCCUGGUGUCGGCCCUGGACGCCAUGUGCUCAGCGCUGUCCAAGCUGAACGCCGAGGUGGCCUGUGUGGCCGUGCACGACGAGAGCGCCUUCGUGGUGGGCACCGAGAAGGGCCGGGUGUUCCUCAGCGCCCGCAAGGAGCUGCAGGCCGACUUCCUCAGGUUCUGCCGAGGACCCCUGUGGAAGGACCCGGAAGGCGAGCACCCCAAGAAGGUGCAGCGGGGCGAGGGGGGCUGCCGGGGCACCCCACGGUCCUCCUUGGAGCGUGGCUCUGACGUGUACCUGCUGCGGAAGAUGGUGGAGGAGGUGUUCGACGUCCUCUAUAGUGAGGCCCUGGGCAGGGCCAGUGUGGUGCCCUUGCCCUACGAGAGGCUGCUCAGGGAGCCCGGGCUGCUGGCCGUGCAGGGCCUGCCUGAGGGCCUGGCCUUCCGGAGGCCGGCAGAGUACGACCCCGAGGCCCUGAUGGCCAUCCUGGAGCACAGCCACCGCAUCCGCUUCAAGCUCAAGAGGCCCCUCGAGGAUGGCGGGCGGGACUCGAAGGCCCUGGUGGAGCUGAACGGCAUCUCCCUGCUGCCCAGGGGGUCUCGGGACUGCAGCCUGCACGGCCAGGUCCCCAAGGCCGCCCCCCAGGACAUGCCCCCCACGGCCACCUCCUCCUCCGUGGCCAGCUUCCUGUACACCACGGCGCUCCCAGUGCACACCCUCCGCGAGCUCAAGCAGGAACCGCCCUCCUGCCCGCUGGCCCCCGGCGACCUGGGCCUGGGCCGGCCCGGGCCUGAGCCCAAGGCCCCCGGAGCCCAGGACUUCUCCGACUGCUGUGGACAGAAGCCCCCGGGGCCUGGAGGGCCUCUCAUCCAGAACGUCCACGCCUCCAAGCGCAUUCUCUUCUCCAUCGUCCAUGACAAGUCAGAGAAGUGGGACGCCUUCAUCAGGGAGACGGAGGACAUCAACACGCUGCGGGAGUGCGUGCAGAUCCUGUUCAACAGCAGAUACGCGGAAGCCCUGGGCCUGGACCACAUGGUCCCCGUCCCCUACAGGAAGAUCGCCUGCGACCCCGAGGCUGUGGAAAUCGUGGGCAUCCCCGACAAGAUCCCCUUCAAGCGCCCCUGCACGUACGGGGUCCCCAAGCUGAAGCGGAUCCUGGAGGAGAGACACAGCAUCCACUUCAUCAUCAAGAGGAUGUUUGAUGAACGAAUCUUCACAGGGAACAAGUUUACCAAAGACCCCACGAAGCUGGAGCCUGCCAGCCCACCAGAGGACACCUCGGCAGAGGUCCCCAGGGCCACCAUGCUCGACCUGGCUGCGACUGCUCGGUCAGACAAAGGCAGCGUCUCAGAAGACUGUGGGCCAGGAACCUCCGGGGAGCUAGGCAUCCUGAGGCCCAUCAAGAUUGAGCCCGAGGAUCUGGACAUCAUUCAGGUCACUGUCCCAGACCCUUCACCCACCUCUGAAGAAAUGACGGACUCCAUGCCCGGGCACCUGCCCUCGGAGGACUCUGGUUAUGGGAUGGAGAUGCUGAUCGAGAAAGGCCCCAGCGAGGACCCACGGCCAGAAGAGAGGCCCGUGGAGGGUGAGGCCCUGUUCACCUCCCACGACAGCCCCGGGGACGUCAUCCGGCCGCUGCGGAAGCAGGUGGAGCUGCUCUUCAACUCUCGAUAUGCCAAAGCCAUUGGCAUCUCGGAGCCCGUCAAGGUGCCCUACUCCAAGUUCCUGAUGCACCCCGAGGAGCUGUUUGUGGUGGGGCUGCCUGAAGGCAUCUCCCUCCGCAGGCCCAACUGCUUCGGGAUCGCCAAGCUCCGCAAGAUUCUGGAGGCCAGCAACAGCAUCCAGUUCGUCAUCAAGAGGCCUGAGCUGCUCACGGAGGGUGUCAAGGAGCCCGUGGUGGACAGCCAAGAGAGGGACCCCGGGGACCCCCUUGUGGACGAGAGCCUGAAGAGACAGGGCUUUCAAGAAAAUUUCGACGCCAGGCUCUCGCGGAUCGACAUCGCCAACACGCUGCGGGAGCAAGUGCAGGACCUGUUCAACAAGAAGUAUGGGGAGGCCCUGGGCAUCAAGUAUCCCGUCCAGGUGCCCUACAAGCGCAUCAAGAGCAACCCUGGCUCGGUGAUCAUUGAGGGGCUGCCCCCGGGAAUCCCGUUCCGGAAACCCUGCACCUUCGGUUCCCAGAACCUGGAGAGGAUCCUUGCUGUGGCUGACAAGAUCAAGUUCACCGUCACCAGGCCCUUUCAAGGACUCAUCCCCAAGCCUGGUGCUGUGUGCAUAGAGAGGGGUUGGACAGUGUCAGCAGCAGGAACAGGUCACUUUUACCCCCUCAGGACUUUUUUCUACCAUUUCCGACCUGUAUGAUCUUGGAUAAGUUGACUUACUGCCUGUGAAUAUGGAUAAGUUAACUUUCUAGCUAUGAUCUUGGAUAAGUUAACUUACUGUCUCUGAUCUUGGAUAAGUUAAUUCCACUGGGCCUCCAUUUCCUCAGGGUCCCCUGGAACAGGAACACCCUCUGUGAUUCCUCCCACCUCUCUCCUGUUGUUGGAGACCCGAGUCCUUUCCAUGUCCCUAGUCACUCGGGCACUCACCCCUCAGGGCCUGCCUCCCUUCCCCGACGUCCCCACCCCUCUCCACCCUUGCAACUCUGUCAUCUUGAGAGCUCAAAAUAAAACCGUCCUUCCUCGGAUUUCUAAA